AUGUCGAAUGCGACCCAGGAUGCCGCCGAUUCGCGUAAUAUUUUCUUCCUAGGCCUGUGCGUCCUUUUCGGCUGGAUGAUUGUUAUUCUGAUUUGUGCAUCUCCUCAUUUAUUCCGAAAUUAUUUGAAACGCUGGUUCCAACACGAUGAGGAUCCAUUGACUGAAAAAAUUCGAAAGGCAGAAGCACGACUCGAAGAAACACUUCGUCUCGCUCAAAAACCGUCAAACUUCCUUGUCGAUCAGGCAGCCGUCAUGUCAACGAUGUCAACGAAUCGAUCUCAAGAGACACGCCUGCACAUGCGCUUGGAUUUGUUGAAAGAAGAAGAAGAAGAAGAUGAUGAUGAAGAUGAAAUCGAGCAAAAAGCGGAAGAUCAAAAAUGCGGGAACGGCGAGACAACUUGCGAGGCCUGA